AGUUCUGAUUAUAGGUACCGAAGUAUAUUUCAGUAUCAUGUAUCACUGUGGAGAAUUGAAACAGGCGGCAGAUCAUUUUCUCUUCUGGACUGUGACAGUGAUAGCAACCAUCAAAACAAUCCUACUUCGUUUCCAUCGUGACAAGCUAUUCAAUAAUUGCAUUUCUGCUCGAACUGAUUGGUUAAAGGAAGAUGAUCCAGAAUCCCUAAAAGUGAUGACACAGCAUACGAAAAUUAGCAGAAUUGUUUUUAUCUUCCAGGCUGUCUUUAGUUACUUUACUCUUGUAAUGUACGUUAUUUCCCCUAUUGCUACCAACGCAGAAGGUGAACAAGGAUUGCCUUUGCAAACUGUGUGUGUAUUUAGAAAUAUGUCAGUGAUGAAGUAUCAGGGUAUUUACUUAUUUCAAUCUAUUCAACAAUUGUACAUCGUGAAUGGAAAUAUUGGGACCGAUUAUUUCUUCUUUGCUAUGAUCAUGCAUGUGUGUGGUCAGAUGAAAAUUCUUAGUUUGAGAUUUCAUCAGUUUGGUAGCAGAGGGGCUAAAUAUGAUGAUAAGGAUGAUGCAUAUAUUGAUGAAAUGAGAAUGUAUGAUGAGACUUUUGACGAAAAUCAUGAUAGAGAAUGCUUCAGGAAGAUAAGGAUUCUCAUCAACAGACAUUGUGAACUUAUUGGUUUGGCUGAUGACUUGAAGGAGAGCCUUACUUACAUUUUACUGGUGCAGUUUACCAUGGAUAUCAUCAUGAUGUGCCUCACAGGUUUGCUGACUUUAAUUUACCUGCAACAAGGUGACACAGUCACAGCUGGAAGAACAAUAUGUGGAUUCUCAAUCGUCGUGAUGAGUCUUUUUAUUUACUGCUACAUCGGUGAUUAUUUGCAGUUCAGAUUUGAAAAAACAGCAGAAGCUAUAUAUAGUUGUUUUUGGUACAAUUGCUCACCCAAAGUAAGCAGAAAUAUUGUCCACAUGCAAACACGUGGGAGGCGUCUGAUGAAUCUCACCGCAGGAAAAUUUUGUACAAUAAAUCUAGAAAUGUUUAAAACCGCUAUGAAAACUGCUAUGAGCUUUUUCUCAGUAAUGAGAAUCCUUCUCAGUAAAAACGGUGACUUAGAAAUGGAUUUUAACUACUAAAAAGAGAAAAACACUCUGAACGCCUGCAUUAUUCUAAAUAUUUC